AUGGGAUUGGAGAUAUAUGAACAAAUGCCAAAGCUGGAUGCAGUGAUUUUCCCUGCAGGAGGCCACUGUGGAUUGCUAGCAGGAUCAGCUGCUGCCCUCAAACAUCUCAACCCACACAUUGCUGUGAUUGGUGUUGAAUCGGAGAGUUUCCCUGUUUUACAACAAUCAUUAAAGAUAGGCCAUCCUAUUGAAGACCAGGCCUGUAGCAACCAUCAGUUUUAUGGAGAUAUGAGUGGACCUUGCUUUGGUACCAAUUCUUUGCAGUUGACUGGGAAGCUUGUAGACAAGGUUGUUACCGUGAGGGAAGAGGACAUUCUAAUUUCCAUGCUGCGGUUGCUGGAGUAUGAGAGAGCCACGGUGGAUGCGGAAGGGGCUAUUGGACUUGCAGCCUUAGUUGCUGGGAAGCUGCCAGAGUUAAAGAGUAAAAGAGUGGCAAUCACUAUAUGCAGUGGUAACUUGGAGCUACCUUUGAUGAGACAGUGCAUAGAUCGUGCCCUGACCCUUGACAACAGAGUCUGCAAAUUUUCCCUCCUUCUCUCGGACUGUCCAGGAAAUAUUUCAAAGCUACUGGAGAUACUGACUCGGGAGGAAGUGAGGGUGUUGGACAUCAAACAAGAACACAUGUUUGUGAUAUCUGAUCUCUUCACUAUUAAGGUCACCUGCAUUAUAGAGACUAGAGACAAAAUCCACACGGCGCAACUCAGAAAUGCUCUCCUGGAACGCUACCCAACAAUGAUGUGGACGGAACGGUGAUGAGCAAAGCACAAUGGAAAAUGCUGAGGUUCUUUAACCAACACAUUAUGGAAAGCUAAACUUG